UGAAGACCACGACCCUGGGAUUGGAGCAGAGACGCUCAUCGAGCUGGGACCUAGAGGCCUCCAGGUGGCGCUGCGGAGCCGGGCAGCCGUGCGUCUCCACUCCCCAUUAACCCGGGAGGGAGGGGGCCUCGGGAAAUGUGUGCAUUUAUUCAGUAGCAGGAGUGCAAACCUCAUACAUUGAGGGAGAAAGGCAGCGGGAGACGGCCGCGAGAUUCCCUCAUCUCUUUGAAUAUAAUUUUAGAUUGAGAUUCAGAUUAAAUCCGAGGGGAAAACACUUUAUGAGGCUGAAAGCUGUGUCGUUGCCGAGACAGGGUUAUAAGCUAUCAAAUGCAAUUACAUUAAGACAGAUUAUACUGGGCAAAUUGAGCCAUUUAGAAGGUGAGAAUCAAAGAAACGGCUCUGAUCCUCUUUUCCCCCUUCUCUCUCCCUCUCCCUCUCUCUCUCUAAAUUGCAGUUCGUAGUUCCUUGCAAUUCUGAGGCACAACAGUAGGUGAGACUGCUUUUGUAUCUGCGAAGUGCUUCACUCCUGAAUGUAAUUCUAGCUGAGUGCAAUCUAGGUUAAGAGCCGGACAAGCGGGUAAUUAGAGCCCGCUAGCUGCCCGAGGACCGGCCGCCCCGCCGAAACGCGCCCCGAGUCGGCGCCCUUCUCCCGGCCGAGCCUAGCUGCGGCUGGACACGGAGCGCCCGAGAUGAUGGUGCUGGACAAGGAGGACGGCGUGCCGAUGCUCUCCGUCCAGCCCAAAGGGAAGCAGAAGGGCUGUGCGGGCUGUAACCGCAAGAUCAAGGACCGCUAUCUGCUGAAGGCAUUGGACAAGUACUGGCAUGAAGACUGCCUCAAGUGUGCCUGCUGUGACUGCCGCCUGGGCGAGGUGGGCUCCACCCUCUACACCAAGGCCAACCUCAUCCUGUGCCGACGCGACUACCUGAGGCUUUUUGGCACCACAGGGAACUGUGCUGCUUGCAGCAAGCUGAUCCCAGCCUUUGAGAUGGUGAUGCGGGCCCGGGACAACGUGUAUCACCUCGACUGCUUCGCCUGCCAGCUCUGCAACCAGAGAUUUUGUGUGGGAGACAAAUUCUUCCUGAAGAACAACAUGAUCUUGUGUCAGAUGGACUAUGAGGAGGGGCAGCUGAAUGGCACCUUUGAAUCCCAAGUUCAGUAACGCCCGGUGCCUGGCCUCCAGGCCCGUCUGUCCAUCUGCCUGCCUGCCCACCCGCCUGGCCGGCCAGCCAGCCACUCUACCAGUGCAGGCUGGCCAGCCGCUCGCUCUCCUGCCACAUUAGAACUUCUCCGUCCUCGAUGGGAGGAACGGCCCUUCCUCCUCCACCACCGCCCGUCUGUGUGUGACCCCUCCUGGGGCCAGGCCGGGCCUGUACAGUCUGUCUUCUGUAUAUAAAUGGGAACAUUUAUUUUAUGAGAAAUGUAAUGCGAUUUUAUUACUGGCGUGGAUUAAACUUAUGAAUGUUUCCGGGA